GGGCCCUUGGAGUCUGACAGGGGGAAGCCCCGCCCCUGCCCGGAAGCCGCCCGUUGCCUUGACAGUGAGGCCGCGCUGCUUCCCGGAGCUGUCGGGGUCCGGUCUGGGAAGGAAGGAGCCGGGAAGGGGAGGCAGCGCGAGGCCGGGCCCCGUCCUGUAGCCACCGGCAUGACCAGGCCGGAGAUGGCGGACGAGACGCUGUUCCUGCUGCUGCACAACGAGAUGGUGUCGGGACUGUACCGGGCCGCGGAGCACGGCGAAGGGGAAAACGGACGAUGCAUCACUAAACUGGAAAAUAUGGGGUUUAGAGUAGGACAAGGAUUAAUCGAAAGAUUUACCAAAGACACUGCCAGAUUCAAGGAUGAGUUAGAUAUUAUGAAGUUCAUCUGCAAAGAUUUUUGGACUACAGUAUUCAAAAAGCAAAUUGAUAAUCUAAGGACCAAUCAUCAGGGUAUCUAUGUACUUCAGGACAACAAAUUUCGUCUCUUGACUCAGAUGUCUACAGGAAAACAGUAUUUAGAAUAUGCACCUAAGUAUCUGGCAUUCACCUGUGGACUAAUCAGAGGUGGCUUAUCAAAUCUGGGAAUCAAGAGUAUUGUGACAGCUGAAGUUUCAGCAAUGCCUGCAUGUAAAUUUCAGGUGAUGAUACAGAAGAUGUAAAACAUGUUCAGAUCUGUGUAUCUGCCCUUUUUAAAAAACCCUGUGUACACUAAAGAGGUCUUGAUUAAUUUAGCUUCACCUGUAUACCUUAUAAAUUAUAGUAGCAUGCAGCUCAAUUCCUGUAUUAUGUAAAGUAAAUAUUAACUUAAUAAAAAUAGCUUAACACUA